AUGUCCAUGCAAGCUAAUGAGACCCUCAAGGGUUCCCUCAAAGAUCUAGAUAAGAGGGCUCGAGAGGUUUUUAAGCCGAUUUUGGAAAAUCCUUAUACCCAGGGACCUGACUUUCCUGUGAUUUCAAAGGAAACAUCGCGAGACAUACUAGAGUUUUUGAAUCAAUUCUUGCCUAGUUACGGGAAUUACUUAGGUUUGAAAAACAAAAAAGAUAUUCCAGCACAUGCAUUGAGUGGCAAAAUCACCAUUGGGUUUAAUUCGACAGUCCAGGCUUUGGAGAGCCAGGCAUUUUUUAAUAGGAAGAAGGCAUUCAAUACAGUGAAGGCUCCACCAAAGAGGCUGCCAAUCGAAGGUUACUUGAAGUAUGUGUUUGUGGCAAGAAACGAUAUAUCAACGCCUCUUCUUACAGAUAUGCUUCCAUUAUUAGCAUUUACGGCAUCAAAGUCACUUGACAAUAGAGUAAAGCUCAUUGACCUACCGCGAGGAUCCAUGAACAAGUUGCUGGAGCUGCUACAAACAAAAAACAUUGGAAUAGUCGGCAUCCUGGAUGAAUGGAGGGAGGGCAAGGAGAUGUUUAACUUGAUAGAGAGCAAUGUGAAGGAUAUCGACGUGCCUUGGCUUCGAGGGUUAUUCGAGAGCGAAACGCCGGGUUUCAAAGAGCCCGCAAUAAAGUUCCUUCGAACAAAAGCACCUGUAGGGAAACGUCCAGGAAAGAAAGAGAGGAAGCAAAAGAAAGUGGAGGAGAAGGCGAAGGUUGUGAGGGAGAAGAAUGAUGAUAGCGAUGCAUCCAGAAAGAGAAAAGCAGACAGUGAUAGUGCAGACGCACCAAAAGCUAAGAAGGUUGAUGUGGUCAAAUAA